AUAUUUUUCUUUUCUGUGUAGGUCGUUUAUAUGCUAUGCAAACUGGAAUGAAGAUUGAUAGUAAAACUCCUGAGUGUCGUAAAUUUUUAUCAAAGCUAAUGGACCAGUUAGAAGCUCUUAAGAAACAGUUGGGGGAUAAUGAAGCUGUUACUCAAGAAAUAGUUGGUUGUGCCCAUUUGGAAAAUUAUGCUUUGAAAAUGUUCUUGUAUGCAGACAAUGAAGAUCGAGCUGGACGAUUUCACAAAAACAUGAUCAAGUCCUUCUACACUGCAAGCCUCUUAAUAGAUGUCAUAACAGUGUUUGGUGAGCUAACAGAUGAAAAUGUGAAACACAGAAAGUAUGCAAGGUGGAAGGCAACAUAUAUCCAUAACUGCUUAAAGAAUGGGGAGACUCCUCAAGCAGGCCCUGUUGGAAUAGACGAAGAUAACG